AUGCCUCAAACCAACGAGGAGCUCCCCUUAGUAAAUGCUUCCCUUCAGCAGCAGCUUUCAAGCUAUCACGAGCGUCAACGUACACGUCAGCAACAUCAUCACCGCGCUAGGACUGUAGGACGUGCUGCCGUGGGUUUUCUAGCUGCCUCGCUGCUCACGCUACUGCUCGUCACCCUGUCGUGGCCAGCACAGCACAAUGAACGGGCAUUGGAGCUGCAUACGCUAUUGGACGCGUACGAACACGCCAAAAACUUUUCGGGUGUUGUGCGUUUAAGUCGCAAUGGAGAGAAGCAAUUGCAACAGGCCAUGGGGUUAGCCAAUGUGCCAUUCAAACAGCCAAUGGAGGAGCAUAGUGUCUUCCCCAUGGGGGCACACAUGCAACUACUUAUAGCAGUAGCAUUGCAUCAGUUACAGGAGAAAGGACUUGUAGACCUUACGAGGUCGGUGAGUGAGCAUUGGACCGAAGAAGACUGGCUGGCAUUUCAGCUCGAGACGAAUCGGACGACGUGGUGUCCGACACUUGAGACGGAAUCGGACUGUCAAGUCGUGACAUUCGACCACUUGUUGUACAUGGGGUCAGGAAUUGGUAGUGAAGAUACGGAUAUGCUGGAAACCAUGGGAGCUUAUGGUGUACAGAUUGGGACGUUUCUUGACAAACCACUGGCGUUUAAACCAGGGACAAACUACAAGUUUUCCAAUGAGAACUACGUCUUGUUGGCGUACAUGGUGGAAAAGCUGAGUCAAUUGACCAUGCAAGAGUACUUACAGCAGCACAUUUUUCAACCUUUGGGCUUGACACUCACGACGUUUGACCCAUUUCAUGGAGCUAUUGAUGUUCGCCAUGCUCAGGUGGACCAGUACGUGCAAUUCUACGCUCCUCGUCAGCUAAAUGGCAGUGAUAUCGCUGUCAAUAGCAACAGUAACAGCUCAAGUAGAUCAAAGGUUGUCGAUGAGAAACACUUGCAUCACAUGAGCACUGGAUCCUGCGCUAUCUACGAGGGACGUGUGAAUCGUCUCGAUGGACUCUUAUCCACUGGAAAAGAUAUGCACAAGCUCUACACUGACCUCUUUCACGAACAAGGUCAUCAUUCAAAGCUGCUCCAGGCACAUUCAAUUGCGCAGAUCGUGCAGACUCGAAACCCGGCAUACCCGGCUUUUGGACAGGGUAUUGGUGUCGACUACAAGGAGCAGCCGAAAGGAGCAGUCAAGACGAGCAAGUGGCCUACUAAGAUCACGUUUUGUGGCAGUACCGCUUGCUCUACGACGUGCAUGGCAAUGCAAAUUCCUCUUGCUAAUCUAUCGAUUGUUGCCAGUGCAUUUACCAACAAUGUGCGUCUGUAUUUUUCAAGUAUCGACGCGUUUGAUGCGUACAAACCACGAAAGUUUUUCAAGAUGGAAAAAGCGAAUGCAAUGGAGAAAAAGGACGACGAAGUGAAUACAUUUGCAUGGAGUUUGCUACAGGUGUUUCUACGAUUUUACACGGCAUCGGACGACUAA